UGGACGAGAAGAACUCAACGAGAACGUGGGAGGACAAGACAGGAGGAGGCAGCCGGCGGGCGGCGGCGGCCCACGGGCACGGGCGCCACGGCCAAACGCGUGCGCCAUCAGUCAAACUCCGCCCACGGACUCCCGUGACGUGGCCGGCGAGUGCGUUGGGGCCUUGGGGGAGCUGGCCAACGGUUCCGUUGUCGCUCCAUCGCUGCCGUCCGCCACGCCAUCCCCGACGGAAACUGCCCUGCCGCGGCUGCCUCACUGUCUGCCAGACUGCCCACCCGGCCCCGUCUAUCCCUUGGAAAGUCAGACGAGAAAGCGUGCUGGGCACCGCAAGGAAAGCGACCACGAAACCGCGCGCCUCCUGCCUCUCCAUCUUCUCCAUAUAUACUACCUAUCGACCGUGUCCGGCGGGCCGGACCUCUUGUCGUCUUGGUGCGCGCGCUCGGUUUCCCUUCCUUUUUCCCUCGCGCGCGGCCAACCUAGAAAGCGACGGCGGAGCCGGAGAGGGAAGGGGAGGCGGGCCGGCUGGUCAAGGGCGGACGAUGUGCUGCGGCGGCGACGGGGAGUGCCGGCCGCUCGGGUGGCUCCUGGGCCUGCCCUUCGCGCUGCUCGCCGUCCUCGUCUCCUUCGUCGGCGCCGUCAUCUGGAUCAUCGGGCUGCCCAUCUCGUUUAUGCCCCUGCUGCCUCUGCGUGACGGUGCUGCUGGAGGUGGCCGUGGAGCUCGUCAAGGCGCCGCUCCAUGUCAUGACCUGGUUUACCUCCAAGAUCCCCUGCUAGCUGUCCCCUGCUUUCUGCUGUGCGGAUCAUACAUACAUCUUGCUUUAGCCGGAGAGGUUGCUGUACUGUACUGUACUGUUGUUUCGUUUCGUCGUCGCUUGGUCCGUUCGUCCUAGUGCUACUUUGGGUUUCUGCGAUUGAUUUUUCAGACUAGCUUGUUCUUGAAUUGAAUGCAUGGACUUGUGCUGCCA